CUUGGGCCCUUCUGCAGCCCUGCCUCGUGGCCAGCGUGCUCCUAAUAAUGGCUGAGAUGGCGCUCGAUGGCCAGGGACGUCCUCCAACCUUGGACCAGUUGAGCCAACGGGUGGAAUCUAAUUCCUACGACUUCUGCAUCGAAUCCCGCGCCCUGCAGAAUGAGCUGGACGUGUGCAAUACAGCCUGCGCCAGGCGCCGUGAGUCCUCUCAGCCAGCAGGCCAGCCCGUCAGAGGUCGGCACCACGACGGCGACGACGAGCUCCAAGCGCAAGUAUACCUCGACCGCCUGCGAGUAUUGCCGCUUCAAACGGAAACGUGUGAGUCUCUUGCCUCAGUGCGUGAACUCUGCUUGAUGGUAUGGUCGAUUGUGUCACGCUGACCCGUUCGUUCUUGUGGCCCCCAGUGUGAUGGCAAGCCUCGCUGUCGCUCCUGUGUCGACGCCAACAACCAGUGCGUGUAUCGCUUCAACGACAAGAGGAAGGCUAGUGUCCGGCAGGAGGGCAUCCAGGUCCUCGAGGCCCAGAACGAGGAGUUGCGCUCCCUGCUCGACGUGCUCAAGUAUGGCACCGACGAGGAAUCCCUGGCGGCCCUGCAAGCGCUUCGCGGCUCGCAGGAGCCGGCACAUCGUCGAUCGUCGUCCAACCUCCUUCUCGACAUCUACGGGAUGUAUCUUCCAACUUUGCCUUCUCUGUCCCUGAAAGACCUCGAGCAGCUCCAGGCAGACCAAGGGAGUCGACAGUCUCGCCACCCCGCACAGCCUUUAUCCUGGCCGACGCUGCGGUUCUUUGACUAUCCGACCGUCUUCGUCCCGAGUCAGCUCCCUCCAGAAGUUGAGAUUCGGAAAGGAGCCGAGUUGUUUCUCCAGGUGACGGCUGGCUUGUUCCACGUCAUGACCCUGGACGAGUUUGACGAGCUUUGCAACCAGGCCUUUCGGCCGCAGUCGCCCCCCGACAGUCGCGUUGUCGCCAGAAUUUGUGCCGUAGCCGCCAUCGGGGCUCAUUUCAACGUCGACGACACCACCGGAGAACUCAAAGACGCCCUCUUCAACACCGCCAUCCACCACAUGCCGGAGCUUGUCGAGCUCGGCAACCUUCAGGCCAUGAAAUACCUCGCUUGCCUCUGUGCGUACGGCAUGAUCGACAAACGGAAGACCACAGCGCGACUGAUCCAGCUCGGUCUGCAGAUUGCGCGGUGGAACUUGGCCCUGCCACUACAUGAGCUCACCGGCGAUGCCCACGAGUGGACAAGAUUGUAUCGAACAAUGAUGUUUUUUGAAUGCUGGCUAUCGACGUCGUUGGGCUAUAUGUCCGACUUGUGUGCUGGAGAGGUCGACUUCCUCCAACCCGUCACGCCGACCCUGGACGGACUUCAAGACGACAGUGUGACACAAAUCAAGGCCAAAGAAAUCAUCGUGUUGAGGGCCCGGGUGUGCAAAGCCACUUGCGGUCUCGAACCCCCCACCGAGCAGAUGAUUGAGGAGCACAUGACCGCGCUCGAAGGCUGGUAUCGGAAGCUGCCACCGAACAUGACUCUGACGGUUUUGCUGAACGGCGAUGCCGACCCUCUCACGGCCGCACAGCAAGGCGCCCUCCUCCUCUCCCACGCCAUGUACCUGGGUGCCGUCAUGAUGCUCCAUCGACGAGUCCUGGUGGCCGUCUCGGACGGGAUCCUGGGCCACGCCCGGGACACGGACAUCUGGAGCGCGCCGGUGCAAGAGCACCUGGUGCAUUCCGUCGAGGCGGCACGCGCGAUCGUGCGCAUCUUCAUUCUGCUCCGCUUCGGCACCGCCACCACCAACAUGCAUGUGCGGUGCUGGAUCUGCGUCUUCGAGACCUACACCGCGUGCACCAUCCUGCUGUACAACAUCGCCCUGCGGACCAUCCAGCACGCCGCACAGCGCGCGGAGACGCAACUCGACCUGGAACGCGUGACGACCUGUCUCGGCAUGCUCGAGGCGUCGGCCCUGGUGGACAAGGUGUCUCAGAAGAUGUGGGCGGCGUUGGCAGCAGUCCACCACGCCGUCGUGGUUUCCACCGGCCACCAGGGGUAUCCCAUUUCGCCGCCCGAGGCCGUCGAGCCACGAAGCCUUUCUCACAGCCAAGUCCAACUCCUCCACGGCACGACGACCGGGUCGUCGGGCUUGGGCUUCGAGCAGCACGGCCUCGCGACCCCGUCGCUCCGGUCGCCCCGGGGCUGUCUCUCUGCCAUCCAGGCGUUCAAACGCGCCACCGACAUGUUGCGGGAUCCGUUCGGGCACGGCCUGGGCGCAGGAUUCCGGCUCCUCCCACGCGGCAGCGGCGUCGAGGCCUUGGACUGGUGGUCUGCUGCUGCGGCUUGAAAACUGAGAGACAACUCUGGUGAUGGAUUCACGCUCUGGGCUUUUAAGAUACCCAUCGAUAUAUAUAUAAUAUUUUGUCGUGUUUCAUGCUUAUUUGAUGGAGAACAGCACACUCAAUAGUAUGUUCACGACGAUAAUGUAGUAGCGACACUAUUUGCUACUUGAAUAUCUAACUCCCCCGAAUCUCUCUCUCUCUCUCCCCCUAUAGUAUAGCGGCUAUACAAGGCGAGGUAUAAGGCCUCAAGAGAGCCCCCGGUAGGAGGUAUGUGGGAAAGGCGCUGAGAGAGUGUUCAGGAUCAUAUUAUAAGGAACCCGCCACAGGUAGUGGCAUGACUAGGGUUAUAUAGUAGGCUAUGGCCCGCGGUAAGCUAGUCAAGCCCAAGGCAACCAAUCUCUGAGAUAGAUAUCGCAGGUCGCAGGCACGCAGCCUUAUCCACC